UUCCUGGGAGCCAUGCUGUCAGCCCCACUAAUCCCACAGCAUCUUGUGUCAGCAAGCAACAGCAAUGAGCUACCUCUAAAUCUUAAUAAUGCUUAGCUUUUGCUGCUGUCCAUCCAGGGCCCAUUUAAUCCACUGACUCCUCCUUCCUCUGGGAUCUGGCAACAGCAACAUCAGGCUCAAGUUCCUGGACUCUCCCGCUUCUCUUUAUCAGCCUUAGAUCUGUUUGCUGGAUUGUUCCCAAAUCAGAUACCUUUCCCGGGACAGGUCAGUUUUGCCCAAGUUCACUGCGGCCAGCUGGACCCCUCACAGCCUCAAACACUACCGCAAACACAACAGGGCCCUAAUCACCCUAAUCACAUGAUACCUUUUGUAUUCUCCUUCAAAUUGCCUGAAGAGCAGGCCCAGGUACCAUUUUACACACAAUUUGAAUAUACCCCACAACAAGCAGAACCUGUUAUGCAAGGAAGACAGCAGCAACUGGACUUUGAUCCUCUCACAGGCACAGCUCCUGAAACUGACAUUACGCCAGUAGGAGGAGUGAUAUCAUAUUUACCAAAAGAACUUGCAAACUUUAGGCAUGCCAGUGCAGGAAUUUUCAUGCCUUCAACUUCACUAAACCCCACCACAACCAUUUUUUUCCCUUCUGCUAUAGACCCAAUUAUUGUCCCAGAGUUCACUUAUAAAAAAGUAGAGUAA